GUAGCAGACAUCUCAGGAGAGUGCGUGCUAAAAAAUACAGCUUCCAAUUCCUUGGUUUAUUCAUAGUCUAUACUUCAUACUGAACAAACUGUGAAAGUGAAGCGAGCUAGCUUUUACGUACUGUACUACUGUUUUGCGAAAAGAAUAAAAACACAUUAGUAAUAACAGAAACAUAAUUAAAGUCUUAGAAAUUAUACUUAAGGAUAAUUGAAUAGCAAAAUUGGAGGUUAAUUUUGAAGAAAACGAAUCAUUAACGUUCAGCGGUGGUUAGACUGUUUUAAAGCAAAGUGGUUUUAUGCUCUAUGUAACUCACCAGGUAGAUGGCUAUCAAACGAGACGGGCUGUAGUAUGAUAACGCUUUUAAAUAUAUAUAGACGAAAUAGUCAAUGCGGCUCGCUCAUAUUUGUAGUAAAGAUCUGUGUGUACAGACUGAACACUGAACGAUAUCAAUAACUGAAAGUUAAGAUAGAAUGAAUGAAUGCUUUGAUUCGAUCGAGUAAUUUAGAGAGUUCGAUCAUUCAGUUUAAAAUGAUCUUGUCUUCUGGUCUCAUUGAAGAGGUUUAUAAAUAUUUUAUUCGGAUUUUUCAAUUGGAGUGUAGAGUGUGUUAAUCUUCAGGUUGUUUUGUGCUAAAGUUAGACACUGAAAAUGAAGUUAUUUAGGUUGAGAUUCAUACUAUUAGGAUUACUGUUAUGUUUGUACCACGUCUGGUGCUUAAACUGUGAAAAGGAAUUUGUGGACCCAGCGUCAAGUGCAUAUUUAGCUGAUAUUGUAAUUUUAGUCAAAUUGUCUCAAAAAUUACCACCGUUAGAUCGUCAUUAUAAUGCAACAGUGCUAAUAAAAAACAAACGGAGUAUUUUAAAGGGUUCUAGUCUGUUAAAGCCGUUGUUAAGCCGGCGGGGGCCGAGCCUCGUGACGGUCGGGGAGUUCGGGCUGGAGGACCCGCGCGCCUGUAUCGCCAACCUCGACAAAGGUGCCGAGUAUAUCCUCUUCCUGCAGAGGACGGUGGAACAUGACUUCUUCCGAACGUCCGCCAUGCCCAUCUCCAAUAGGGACCGGAAGAACUUUAAACGGGGCAAGAAGGACAUCAAGAAAAUACUAUGCAAUAAACCACCAUGCUAUAAGAUCCCGGAGUUCCACAGGAAGCGGAAAAUGAAGGACGAGGAGAUUGGCGUCGGGGAGAAGCUGGAGCUUAACUGCCGCCUCAAGAGCCGCUCCAUGCCACCCAAUGUCUUCGUGUGGCUCAAAAACGGCACGGAUAUCGCCACGGCCAACCCAAACGCCGCUAUCAAAAACAGCAAAAAGAACUCGCGGUUACGGAUCAGGAAGACUUCCAUCUCAGACUCGGGGACGUACACGUGCAUUGCCAAGAAUGUGGGUGGAGAAGUGCGACAAGAGGCCACGAUACGCGUGGCAGAAGAAUCGCGACCGGAAGUCGGUGACCUGCCAAUGGAAAAUAUCGAACAGCGUUUUGGCGGCACACUGAAACUCAACUGCCGAAUUAAGGAGCAGACGGCACCUAAAACAAGGUUCACCUGGUUCAAGGAUGGCAAAGAAAUCAACACCGCCUACAAAGAUGGGUCAUUUUCGAUAAAAACUAAAGGGAAGGAGUCGCGACUUCGAAAGAACAACACGCUUCUGUCUGACCAGGGUGUUUACAAAUGCGUGGCGAGCAACCCACAAGGGGAGUUAAUCCAGCAGUCUAACGUCACCGUCACCGGAGUUGAACCCGACAAUAUUCAAGCACCCCAGAAGAAGGUCAAAUGUACAGCGGAGGAGGCGUCGUUUUGCCUCAAUAAUGCCACGUGUGAAAAGUACGUGGAACUCGAUCGGAUUUUUUGCACAUGCCCGAGGAAUUACCAAGGGGAACGUUGUAACGUGUUUGUCCCGGAAGGCGUACGGAAAAACCUUGGAGAGGGUAAGCUGGCGAAGGACCGCACCUUUGUCGUCGUCGGCAUCAUCAGUGGCAUCCUCCUCUUCAUCGGCAUCUGCGUCGUCUCCUACUUCCUCGCCAAGAGGCGGCGGGACCGCUUUCUCCGGCGACGGAGGCAGAGACCAAAUGGCACCGUCGAAGACAACAUUCCACAGGUUUACCGACCUCUCAUUGGCUGUGAUGACAUUGAUGGACUCACGAAGAAACAGAACGCUGAUGUGAUUGAAAAGAGUGUCCAGACAGUCGAGACGUGCUUUCUGAACCAGGACAAUCCAAACCUGUACAUCAAUCCGAACGAGAACUAUCGGGGAGAACGAAACUCCAGGUCCAGAAAGGACGCUAUGUCUCUCGAAAACGAGCCCAGACCAGAUGGGCAUGGUGCGAACAUUGAGGAUGAGAAUAUACGGAACAAGAACAAUAAGAACAGUAAUCAAAACUUCCGGGUACAUAUGCCUGGCCAUCCUAGCAGUAUUGGUAAUAGUGAUAACGAUUUAAAUAUUGAUGGCGCUCCCAACGAGCACCUGAAUGAUUUGAGCCCAAAGAGAAAGCCUGUGCAACGCGAAACUGUACAACCGGUCGUUGCUAAGCCCACAUUGGCCAACAUACCCAGUCCUGAUUCAUCGCUGGCCCCAGCAUUUAACAUUGAAACUGACAGCGAUGAAGAAAUCCCUACCGAUGUAGCACAACUUACUCCAUUGCAUAUUAGCGAAGACGAAGAAAACGCGGACGACUAUAGCAGUAUAUUCAAAAAGUGCAAAUCCAAAAUAGCUGAUUCUUUUAACUUGAACUCACCUGAAAACAUUACAAGUGCCAAAUCAAAAGAAUCUCUGGCAACAGACAAACAGUCAAACGAGGAAAAUGACAGGCCAAAGCAACCUCCUCACCCAGAGAAAGAAAGACAAAGACCAAUGGCUGACAGGUCGGACCGCGAACGUGACAGAGAGAGGGAUAGAGAACGGAGAAAGCUACAUCCACACGGGGAAAGGGGGGAUAGACCAAGAGAACCACGUCCACCACCUUCGGACAGGAGUAGGCCCCCAGUCGACCGGGACAGGCCGCCAGUGGAACGCGACAGGCCGCCAGUUGAACGGGACAGGCCGCCAGUGGAACGGGACAGGCCGCCAGUGGAACGCGACAGGCCGCCAGUUGAACGGGACAGGCCGCCAGUCGAACGUGACAGGCCACCAGUGGAACGUGACAGGCCGCCAGUGGAGCGGGACAGGCCCCAAAUGGAACGCGACAGGACCCCGGUUGAUCGAGAGAGGGCCCCAGGAGAAAGGGACAGGGAUCGUGAGAGGGAACGGAGAAGACUUCCAUUAACCCAACCAGAUAAACACAGGCUUCAAGGUCCCAGCAGAGGCGACCGGGAGGCUGUCAACAAUGAACGAUUUAAAUCAAUCCCUCCACAGACAAAGCCUGCACUAGAAAGGGUCGAUAGAACAGAGCCAGUCAACAAACAAGAGAACAAGCCAGAUAUUUCCUCAUUGACUAUGGUCACACAUCCUCAAAGCGAUAAAUCAAAUGCAAAUCCAACAGCUUCUGGUGCCAAUGACGAACUGAAUGACAGUUCCAGUAGUUCAACCGAAGGCUGUGAUUCGCCUACUACUGCAUGGCAUAAUGCUCAGUAUGAAUUCUCCGAUCAAGCGCCUUCUCCAGACCCCAACAGGACCUGGAAUGGUCCUCAUGAUGGUCCAGCAAAACUACAGAAUAAAGGGCCGGAAAACUAUUUUAAAAUGUUCCCGAAAAUGGAACCAAGAACUUCUAGUUCUCCAAAUAUUAAGAGCCAGAAAAAUUUGCCACCAGAAGUUGGUCGAACAAAAUUAAAAGAUAAAUUCUCUAUUGCCAUUUAGGUGUAUUUGCAUUUAUAUUGUUAUAGCAAUAGAAACAUUUGUAUAUGAUGGUUUUUAGUACGUGAAAAUUGCUACUGCUUUUGUGAUUAAUUGCAAUGUGUAUCAUAUUUGCUUUAUGAUCAAGAUAAGAUAAAACGUUUCGAAAGUAAGUUUAUGUAAGGUAUAUUUCGAAUUGAAAGAAAGACGAGUCCAUAUUAACAAAACGCCAUCCUUCCAGUGGGUGAGUUGUUCAGGUACAGUGGUUAGUUCUGAGAGUAAAUGACGUUUAUAUUAUUUCCAUAUAAGAAUGAAAUAUAUUCAUUAAAAUUGAAACAAUGUCCAGAAAGAAUCUUAAAGUCAGUGUCGAUUAAUAUUGCAUUUUGUUGUUGUUUCUUUCAAAUUGUAAACAAAUAUGUGUCGUGUUACGUUUCAAUGCAAAAGUCAUUAACCAACUGCUGCUACCAUGGCAACCUCUAUACCGGAAGGAAGGUUUCAUCCAAGUUUACCAUUCCAUGUAAAUACGUCAUUUUAUUUAUAUUUACAACUGUUGAACAGUUAGUGUAAAAUAGAAAUUAAGUAAUGGCAUUUUGAUAAUUUGUAUGUUAAGCUCUGUUUUAUGUUUUUUUCAUAUUUGUAAAUUUCGGUUCAAUAUUUAAUAUUUUAUUAUGACUGUCCUCCAAUAUGCAUUUAUAAGUAUUGUUUGUGUUUCAUUGUUUAGCUCAAAGCUUUGUUGUGCAUAUAGACUCUUUAAAAUACACCAACAUUUUUAUUAUUUUAUAUUGUUUCAUGAAAAUUGCAAGCAAAUGUUAUCGUAUAAUAUGACUAUAUGCGCUAAAUGGAUUAUACACAUUAUAGUUGCAAAUAUAAGAAAUGCGCGUUAAUUAUUUCUUAUUUUUACAUCUUAACCAUUGCGAUUUAUUUUAUUUUGCAAUAACUGCAAGUUAUCGAAAAUUUACUGAAGGUAAAAAUACAAUAUGAUGAACUGAAUUUCAAACAGUGAUUAUUUUCUUUCAAAUUAGAGCAUAGUUCAAUUUUGUUAAAUUGUAAAACUGUAAAAAUUGCACUUCGGAACACUGCCAACUAUAUGAAUCUACUGUUCUGUUUUUGUACGUUGCUGUAUAUAUAAUUUACAUUUAAUACAUGUGAACAUAUGAACUGAAAUGUCAUUUUGUUAAGACAUAUUUCAUUAUGAUUAUUGUGAUAUAAGUUAAAAUGUACACAUAUGCAACAUUUAUGUGAUUUAUUUAAAUGUAUUCAGUGCAAUGGGUGUGCAUAUUGUGAAGGCGUUUUGUAUUUUGAAUAUAAGUAUGUCGAGUAAAUAUUAUAUAUCUUUCUAUCACAUUCAGAGAUAUGUAUAACAGAAAUAUUGUUAUUUCACUCUGUGCUAUCAGAACUCGUGGUAAAACAAGAUAUCUUUAUAUAAAGCUGUGUGAAAAAAUAAAUGUUGUUUAAAUAAAUAUUACAUGUGAAGCAUAUUAAAAUCAAUGAGAAACUGUU